AUGACUACUCGAAGUGAAGAUGUACUCACAAGAGUUUCGACGGAUGCUGCCACCGAAUUUGUCCAAUCCUUCUACCCCGCGCUACAGUCCAAUCGCGCAGCAAUCGCCUCAUUUUACAGCCAGCCUACCUCUACCAUCCUCUUCAACGGAAACGCUGUCGCGGAUGGCAAUGCCGUCCAAGAGAUAUUCGUCAACCAGAUGCCCCCUGCUCAUUUCGAGGUGCAGUCGUUCGAUUGUCAGGUCAUCAAUCCAACAUACCCCACCCCAACAACAUCCGGCGUGAAGCUCCCCAAUCAGACGACUGUCAAGGACAUGUCAAUAUUGGUGGUAGUAAGCGGCUAUGUACGAUUCGGGGAGUCCAGAGAUCUACCGCAGCGUGGCUUCAGCGAGACAUUCAUUCUGCGAGAGGAGGAGCAGAACGAACAUUGCGAAGCCAUCUCCGCAUCUCGUCGGCAGUCCAGUGUUCAGGAUCUUCUCAGAGUCACACAGUCAGCCUUCUAUUCCGGUAUGGGGAUGAUUCCGAUUUGCAUACCUCCAGUUGGAUCUGGCUCGGACGGGAACAUGUCGCUUCCCCAGAUUGCCCACGCUGCGGCAGCUGUGACCAUCCCGGCGAAACCUACAUACUAUCAGUUGAUUCGUGUUGCCUCAAUGUCUACGCCGCCAUGGGAAGAUACCCAGGACAAGAUUCUGGACAUGGAUCAGCAGGUUACCCAGUUGAAAUGUGGCUGA